AUGGCUUGCCUUAAAUCUUGGGGCUCGCAGGCCCGUGUGUUCUGGCACGAUAGACACAUGUCAGAUGGGACGGGGAGCGCUAGCAGGGGAAUCACUUCGCUGAUCUUGAUCGCCCGAAUAACCAAGGGCUUGUGGCGCUGCGAGUUUGAGAUGUGGGUUAUCGAAUCAUUUACCCAUCAACACGUCCAGUAG